AUGCAAAGUUUGAGUAAAGAUACACAAGCUUGUUCAAUACCUGAAAUUACUGCUGGUCGAUUACUGUCUAUACGUAAUAUCUAUCUUCGUCAAGAACUAUCUACUAUUUCUGAUGCAAUUCAAGAGAAUUAUAAAGAACGUUUACCCGUACUUCAUUUAGUAUCACUUGCAGCUUACGAACAAGUUUUUAAUAGACAACCAUUAUUACUUCCUGAAGAUUUACGACGAAACGCUGUUAAAUAUGCACUUAAAUAUUAUCAACUUAAUAUUGAUAAAUUACAAAAGGCUGAACUAGAAAAUGGUCUUGUUCAGAUUCAUGAUCAACUAUUUGACUUCGAGAAACAAUCUAAUGCUGUUGAAUCAAGCUACAAUCUUUCAUCCAAAGAUGAAAUAGACGAAAAUCAAUCAAGUUCACACACUUCAAUAUCAUCAAAUGAAUCAUUCCGAAUAGAUAAUACAUUUAAUUCUACGUCUACUGGCACAGAUAACAUCGAAACAUUUGUUUCAUCUGAUGAGUCGUCUAGCAUUAUAACAAAUAAAAAUAAUAUUUCAUCGUAUUCAACCUUCCCUUCUAUCAAUAUUUUGUCUUCAUUAAUUGAUACUUCUAGUGAAACAAAAUUAAAUUCUUUAGCUACUGAACCAUUAAUGACAAGUACAUCUGGUCGAUCAACGAAAACAACCAAGAUCGAUCAAUCAUCUACAUCAAUCAAAAAACUUUCUCGUACAAAACCACCAAAGAUUAUUAUACGUCGACCAUCAAACAGUAGUCUAACAUCAAUCAAUGCUGACAAUUCAUCGAUGGCAAUUGAUAGAAAUGAAAUAUCUACUGAAGAACAAGCAGUCGAUGCUCAUUAUCUAUCACCACAUAAACGGAAAAGCAAGAAACAACAAAAACAUACAAGGAAAUAG